AUUUUUUCAUAUCAUGAAGUGUUGCAGCAUUCUGUUUAUCUUUUCUUCAUCUGUUCUCUAAUAAAGUAAGACGGGAGAGCCACUGACAUGGGAUUUGUCUCGAUCUCCUCCUUUGCAUUCUCAAUCACCACCACCACCACAGGCACCACCAGAAAGCCAUCACUCCAUCACCACUACAGCCACAGCAACCGGCUUCACUUCCUUUCAAAGUGUUCUCCUCUUCUUCCUAGAAAAUGCAGUGUAAACCUUUUGAGAUCAUGUAGAGGGAACACUGCCUGCAGAGCUUCUUCCAGCCUAUUGAAAAUCGAAGAUGAUAUAGAUGAUGAAGCUUGCGAGUUAGUCAGUGGAUUGGAAAUUUCAAUAGGGGAAGGUGAUGAUAGCAUCGAUGCUUAUCUGUUAAAGGCAAUGAAGAAUAAUAAUGGAACUGGUAUAUUGCUCUUGUCUGAUAUUUUUGGGUUCGAAGAUUCAUCAACAAGAGACUUUGCGUAUCGUGUCGCCUGUAAUGGCUACAACGUUCUAAUUCCAGACUUGUUUCGUGGGGAUCCGUGGACGAAAGACCAGCCGAUGACUUUGUUGGAAAAAUGGAUCACAAAACAGGAACCACAGAGGGUCGCAAAAGACAUUGAUACAUCAGCAAAAUGGAUGGUUGAUGAAUUUUUAGCUGCAGGAAUCUCAAAGAAGCUUGGUAUAAUUGGAUUUUGCUUCGGAGGAGGCCGAGUGAUAGAUGCGUUAUCCAGAGAUCAGGGAGCAUUGUUUGGCGUUGGGGUCUCCUUCUAUGGUACAAGGAUGAACCCAUCUUUAGCCUCCUCCAUAAAGGUUCCUGUGUUGUUUAUUUCAGGAGAUAAUGACCCUCUAUGCACAGUCAGUGUCUUGAAAGAUUUUGAGAAGAGCAUUGGCCAGGGAUCAAAGGUGGUGAUUUUUGAGGGAAGAGGUCAUGGUUUUGCCCAUCGACCAAACUCUCCUGAAGAAGACAAAGAUGCAGAUGAGGCUUUUACAAUCAUUAGAAAAUGGCUGCAUGAUGGUUUGGUUUUACAAAACUGAAAGCAAGUUCAUGAAUGUCCAUUGUAUAAGAUGGCCGAUGAUUUCUAGGUGUUACUCGUAUAGCAGGCUGCUGCUAAAGUUGGAGAACUUCCAGUGUCUAACAGAUUAGAGGGCCUAUCUACUUUGUCCAAGUACAGGAGUAGUUUUUGCACGAAGUUUAGUGUAAGCUAGAAUGCCAUCCAGGAACAACAGUAGCUUGAACAGCUCCUGGUUCCACUCCCUCUUUGCAUGUCAUCACGAGUGCAUUCCAAAUAUUUUGAACUA